CACGUCAAAACAAUACGUGACGUUUACAAAAUUUUAUGUUCGGUGAUAUCGCGAUAGCUGCUGUAAAUCUGCGAGGAAUUCGCCACGCAGCAUGGGAGAUGCAUCGGUCGAAGAUACCGAAUCUAACAAACACAGUCCUCAAAGCGAGGCUCCGUCCGAGACGGACCGGGGUCCUUUCGGCGGGCUGGAAUUUCAAGUUUCCGAAGUGGUAGAGAGGUUGGAAGCCGGGGUGAACGCUCACGAGGCCGGCGAUGACGAGCGGCGGCGGGAACCGCGCAAGAUCAGCGCCGGGUUCUUCGAGCCGGAAGAGACGUCGAUGGACGAGAUACUGAAGGUGCUGGAGGAGCUGGUGCUGAAGACGGACCCGAGCUGCGAGAGCGCGGAGCCGCCGCUGCUGCCGACGGACGCGGUGACGCGCGCCGCCAUCCUGUCGCACAGCAUCGCGGCGCUGUUCGGCCGGCUGGAGCGCUCGCACGCCGCGCGCCUCGGCGCGCACGUCGCCAGCGAGACCUCCCGCUGGAUGGCGCACAUGUUCAGACUGGCAGACUACAGCGCGUACUACCACCAGGAGCAGCUAGAGGGACUGGUGCGAGUGACGCGCAUGCUGCUGCACUGCCGCUACCCGCGCUACCUGGAGGACGGAGCGUUGGCGUUCGCGACUCGCCUGCCCUGCAUAUACAGCUGCGUGGCGUCUCCGCUGGGCGUCGUGCAGCACCUGUGCCGGCAGCUCGGGCUGCCGCUGGCCUGCGUGCGCCCCGUGCCGCAGCACCCGCGGGGGCGCGGCAUGGACGUCCCGGCGCUGGAGCGGCUGUGCUCGGAGGACGCGGCGGCGGGGCGCGCGCCGCUGCUGGCGCUGGGGGGGGCGGGCGCGGCGCCGCUGGGGGGGGGGGAGGACCUGCCCGCGCUGGCGGCCGCGUGCCGCCGACAAGGCCUGCACCUGCACCUGCGCGGGCACGGCCUGGCGCUGCCCGCCGCCUUGCCCCGGGACGAGAGCUACAGUAUAGCGGACUCCGUCACGCUCACGCCCGGCCCGUGGUUCGGCGUGCCCGGCCUCCCCACUGUCACAUUUUAUAAAAUUCCAGAGCCUAUGACGGCGAACGAUCAUUCCAAAGGCGUUAAUCCGGCGGGCAGCCGCGAGGGCGCGCUGGCGGCGCUGGGCGGGCUGACGGGCGGCGCGGGGCGCGUGAGCGCGCUGCCGCUGUGGGCCGCGCUCCGGGCGGCUGGAGCGAGGGCGCUCACCGCGCGGCUCACCGCUGCCUUCCGCAACGCCAGGAUAGCCCGGACUAUCGUGGCCGAGGCGGGGCUCAAGAUACUGAGCGCAGAGCCCGGCGGCGAUGAACCGCCGACCGUAGAUCUAGUUGAAGCGAUGUCUCGCGCGUCGGCGUGCGUGGCGUUCCAGUUCGCGCCCGCCGACGCGGACAAGCCGCCGCCGUACUACGACAAGCUCAACUCCUGGCUCGGGCAGGUGCUGCAGCGAGAGGCCGACAUGAUCAGUAUAGAGGUGUGCGAGACUGAGAGCCACGGCGUGGUGCUGCGUUACUGCCCGCUGGAGGGCUCCGUCACCAGCGACCUGGACGGGUUGCCCGCCAUACUGGACGCGCAGGUCCAUGUGCUGCGGGCGACGGCGGCGCUGAGGGAGCCCUUCCUACAGCACGUGGCGGCCAUCCCGUGCCUGGAGGCGGCCGCCGUGCCGGGCUGGGCGGGGCUCGGCGGCGUGCGCUACGUGCCCGCCGGCUGGGAGGACACGCCGCAGCGACUCGACGCGCUCAACAGGCAACUAGUGGAAGCGCUGCGCGCGACGGACGGCGCGUUCAGCUGCGGCGAAUCGGCGGACGGGCGCGCCUGCGUGCGCUUCGGCAUGGUCACCGCCGACACAGACGUGCAGGAACUACUGGAGCUGGUGCUGCUGGCUGGCAAGGACGUGGAGGACUCCUCCCGAGAGCUGACCGACAUGACCGAAGUGCUCAAGAAAGGCAUCUCGGAAGCGGUGGCGGACCUGGAGCGCGAGAACGCGCUGCGGCUGUGGCAGGAGGGGCUGCUGCGGCGCGUGCCGGUGGUGGGGCGCGUCGUGGACUGGUGGGCGCCCGCCGCCGUCCCCCCGCCGCCCGGCCGCCGCCUGCACCUGCAGCACGGCACGCUGCAGCCCACCAGCGACGUCUACAGAUACAUACAGAAGAAGUCGGAAUCGGAACCGGCGCGCGCGCAUUCCCCGGCCAGACAACCGACCACCGACGGUACCGACCAGUAGGCGCGU